AUGUCGAAAUCCCGCCGCAAUGUCCGGUUCCAACACCGGUCAAAUGAUGAGCGACGCCUCAGUGUAUCCUCCGACAUCAGCGAUGCACCCUCAGAGCCCACUAGCCCCAGCAAAAAUGGCAAUGGGGCCAAAUCACCCACUGUUGCUGAAGAGAAGGCUCCUCAGUCUGAAUAUGAGAAGAAGAAGCAGACUUUCAUCACUCGAACGAUAUGGACUUUUGUGAUGAUUGCCGGUUUCUUCGUUGCUUUGUUCUCUGGUCACAUCUAUAUCAUUGCUCUCAUUACUGGGAUUCAGAUCAUCUCAUUCAAGGAAGUCAUCGCUAUCGCCAAUAUCCCCAAUAAGGAGAAGAACUUGCGGUUCACAAAAUCGUUAAAUUGGUAUUUCUUGGCGACAACCAUGUACUUUCUGUACGGAGAGAGUGUGAUUUACUACUUCAAGCACAUUUUGCUUGUUGAUAAGGUGCUGCUUCCGUUAGCGAACCACCACCGCUUCAUCAGCUUCACGCUUUACGUCAUGGGAUUCGUGUUCUUUGUCGGAUCUCUACAGAAGGGACACUAUCGAUUCCAAUUCACUCAAUUUGCUUGGACUCAUAUGGCUUUGUAUCUGAUUAUUGUCCAAGCCCAUUUUGUGAUGAACAACAUUUUCGAGGGCAUGAUCUGGUUCUUCCUCCCUGCUGCACUAGUCAUCACCAACGAUAUCUUUGCCUACGUGUGCGGUAUCAGCUUUGGGCGAACCCAGCUCAUUCAGCUUUCCCCCAAGAAAACCGUCGAGGGUUUCGUGGGCGCGUGGAUUUGCACCGUUGGCUUUGGUUACUUCAUGACUAACCUGCUCAUCCGCUAUAAGUACUUCAUUUGCCCUGUCAAUGACCUGGGCUCAAACGUUCUGACCGGUCUGGAGUGUGUUCCUAACCCUGUCUUUACGGCGCAACCCUACUCUCUUGAUUUCUUUGGCUUGGACAAGACCUUCUGGGUGGAGCCCAUUCAGUUCCACAUCCUGGCUUUCGCCACAUUUGCUUCGCUGAUCGCUCCGUUCGGUGGAUUCUUUGCAUCCGGCCUGAAGCGUACCUUCAAGAUUAAGGACUUCGGCGAGUCCAUUCCGGGCCACGGCGGUAUCACUGACCGCAUGGACUGCCAGUUCAUCAUGGGCUUUUUCUCUUACAUGUACUUCCACAGCUUCAUUGCUAUCUACAAGGCCAGUGUUGGUGACAUUAUCGAGACAGCCAUCAACGGCCUCACGGUUGACGAGCAGCUUGAGGUCGUCCGUGGCUUGGGCAAAUAUUUGUACAAUCAAGGUGCCGUCUCGGAAUCGAUUUUGGAGUGCCUUGUCACCGAGCUUAAGCGUCGAUGA